AUAGAAAAAAGUUGCGAUUGAUUUACUCCACCACGACACUUCGUCAAAUUGAUAUCUGCGCCCUGCAGAUUGAGGAAAUGUCUUCUUCUCUGACUAAUAGCGGCGAUGGCCCCGUUGUUAAAAGGCAGAAACUCAGCGCAUCAGAGCAUCCGAGUCGCACUCGGCAGGAAUCGAGAAUUUUCACACCCUUCCGAACAAUUGGCCUCGUAUCCUCGACUCCAGUUCCAUUCACAGCGAUUCCUCUCGGCAAGACCUCCUUCCAGAUCACCACCUCCGUUGGCAGAUGUCUCCAAACCUACGACCUGAAGCGGGGCCUCAACCUCGUUUUCCUCACCCGGCCACAAACACCUGAAGAUAUAACCGCCACACUCGCAUGGAAGGAUCGUGUGUUCGCAGCGUGGGGAUCUGGAGGGGGCCCACAGGGGAUAUGGGUCUUCAAGCGGGGGAAGAAGAUUGCAGAGCUAGACCUCCCCACCGACCUCAACUCACCGAUCACCCAGAUCCUCAUCUUCGGAUCCUGGAUCGUAUGCUCCUGCAAAACUCGAAUCGAAAUAUGGAAAUCCUCAACCUACGAACACUACACGACCCUCUACCCGACCUCAGCGCCGAAAGACGGCAACGAGUUGACCGGGGGGAUUUGCCAUAUGAAUACAUAUCUCAACAAGAUCUUGGCUGGGAGGAAGGAUGGGAGUGUUGAGAUCUGGAAUGUUAGUAGCGGGAGGUUGGUAUAUACUAUCCUGCCACCGGGCAAGAACUGUGGUGCUGUGACGGCGAUGUGUCCGACGCCAGCGUUGUCGUUGCUAGGCAUUGCUUAUGCGGAGGGAGCGCUGGUUAUCCAUGAUAUUCGCACGGAUAAGACGGUUAUACAUCUCAAUGCUUCAGAGCCCAUUUCGUCGAUUUCGUUUAGAACGGAUGAGCUUGGUGCUGGCGACGAUGGAAGGAAAGCUGGUGUCAUGGCUACUGCAGGGCUGGAUAAUGGCGAUGUGACAUUUUGGGAUCUGAAUGGUGGUGGAAGGGUCAUGGGGAUACUAAGAGGAGCGCAUAAUCCACCUUCUGACGCCGGGGCAGUUGUUGGUGGUGGUGUCUGUAAGGUUGAGUUUCUCCCUGGCCAGCCGGUGAUUGUCACCAGUGGGCUAGAUAAUUCGCUGAAAUCAUGGAUCUUCGACGAGACGCCAUACUCUCCGAUCCCACGAAUUUUGCAUUCGAGAAGUGGGCAUGCUGCACCUGUUACACGACUACUGUUCCUCCCUUCAGAUGCAGAUGGAGCUGAUGCUGGUGGGAAGUGGUUACUGAGUGCUGGGAAAGACAGAAGUUUAUGGGGUUGGAGUUUACGACGAGAUGGACAGAGCACAGAGCUCAGCCAGGGGAAUAUUCGCAAGAAGGCAAAAAAAUUGGGAAUUUUGGGGAGCACGCUUGCUAACGAGCCAAGCACUACUCUGGAAGAUCUGAAAGCACCCGAGAUUACAUGUUUGGCGAUGUCCUUGAACAGAGAUGGCGGAAUGGGCGCGAAUGCAGGAAGUGGCGCGAUAUGGCAAAAGGGGAACAGUGGACCAAAGAAGCCUACAGAUGCUACAGCGAGCGGUGUCACAGGAUGGGAGAGUGUGGUGACCGGUCAUCGAGAUGAUAAAUUUGUACGGACUUGGUUCUGGGGGAGGAAGAAAGCUGGCCGGUGGGCGUUUGAGACAGGAGAUGGAGGGAAUGUCUCGAGUGUUGCGAUGAGUCCUUGUGGAACGUUCGCUGUAGUUGGAUCGGAAACUGGGGGUAUUGACAUGUUCAAUCUUCAGUCUGGGCUGCAUCGACAAAGAUACCCUUCCAAGUUGACGCCAGCGCAGGCGAGGAAGUUGAAGAUCCAGCAAGCCGAGGGAGGAGUGGCUAAGACUUUUCAGCCUGGACUCGGGAAACAUAAAAAGGCAGCCACUGGCCUGAUCGUCGACUCAUUGAACAAAAACGUCAUUAGUUGCUCUUUAGAUGGAAAAGUCAAGUUCUGGGAAUUCCUCACGGGAAAUCUUGUCGAUGAGAUCGACUGGCAUCCAAUGGUCGCCAUCACUGGCAUUCGAUACCACGCAGCCAACGAUUUGAUCGCGCUUUCUUGCGAUGAUCUCUCAAUCCGGGUCGUCGAUAUCGUCACCAAAAAGACAAUCAGAGAAUUCUGGGGAUGCAAAGACGGCAUCAACGAUUUCUGCUUUUCCAACGAUGGAAGAUGGAUCAUCGCGGCUUCGAAAGACUGCAUUGUUCGAGUCUGGGAUCUACCAACAGGGCACCUGAUCGAUGCGAUACGAAUGGAGACGGCCUGCACAGCUCUAACAUUUUCAGGGACAGGAGAAUUCCUAGCCACGACUUGUGAGGGGCAGGUAGGAGUCAAUAUCUGGAACAACAAGACCCUCUUCACCCACGUUCCGACACGACACAUCUCAGAAAACGAGAUCGCGCAGAUAUCAGGACCUACUGUGUCCGGUGAAGGCGGCCAUGGGGUCAUUGACGGAGCAUUCGAAGAUGAAGCUGAUGAGGAUCAAGAUUCCACUCCCGCGUUAUCACUGGAUCAGUUGAGCGAAGACAUGAUGACGCUGAGUUUGGUUCCAAAAAGCAGAUGGCAGAACCUCCUCCACCUCGACGCAAUCAAGCAGCGCAAUAAACCAAAAGAACCACCCAAGCAACCCGAGAAAGCGCCGUUCUUCCUUCCUUCUCUGGAGAAGCCAAAGCCGAUCAUGGGUGUAGAGGAGAAGAAAGCGGACGAGAGUAUAGCAGAGAGAUCAAGAAUCAUGAAGAUGGACCGUCUUUCAUCGGAAGGAGCAUUCACCGUCUCUCUUCGAGCGGGAGGUGAAAGCGGUGAUUAUACCCCUUUCAUCACGCACCUCAAGACGCUCUCGCCGUCCGCCGCGGACCUCGAGAUCCGCUCCCUAACGCCCAACCCCGGCGAAGAGACCGACGAGCUGGUCAACUUCGUGUCUGCACUCACCAGCCGUUUGAAGCAAAAGAGAGAUUAUGAGCUAGUGCAAGCGUGGAUGGCUGUCUUUUUACGGCUGCACAUGGACGAAGUUACGCGCGAUGCGAGGCUAGCAGAGGCGUUGAGGGAGUGGAGGGAAUGCCAGGAGGGGGAGGGACGCCGAAUCAGCGAUUUGAUCGGGUAUUGUGGGGGUGUGGUUGGGUUUUUGAGAAACCCUCGAUAGUGAAUGCGAAUUAAUGGAGAAAUGAAAAGCAAAUGCAAUGCG